AUCGAUCGGGGCCAGAGCUGGAUCGAUCAGUCAGUUGCAAUCGGUUUAUCAGCUAGCACUAAACAUGAACAUUUCCGGUCCUCAGCCUCAGCAGCCUUCAUCCAACGAGACGCUUCGGCGCGCCAUACGUCCCCUGGGCUUCGAUCUGCAGGAAUUGCGUUUGGUCAUCGAGGUGUCGCCGCUUCGUCAUCUGUGCCCCUUCUUAUUUGCCACUGAUAACAUAUACGAGAUAAUGGACGGUUUCAAUUCCUUGAUGAACGGCGAAACGAUCGCGUUUGGUGCCGGCCCCCUGGGCACCCUAAUGGUUGCUGGAAUAAUGGUGUAUAUGCUGAACCACGCCGAGCUGCAGACGAGCCAUGUAAAGCGCACCCUGUUUCUGCAGCGCUGCUUCAACUACAUGGCCUGCACCGAGGAGACGCACGUCAACGAUCUAUGCGCCGCCAUCCUGAACAAGAUCAACAUCAGAGAUUCGGACCACAUGCUAAACCUGAUCCUUUGCUGCCACCAUGCCAGCCCCUUGUGUACCAUGGCCCAGUUGGUGUGCAGCUGCCUUCUCUGGGCCGUGCUCGACUGGCUGACGGAUAUGGGCAUGGGCUCACACCGCCUGCGCCCCUACUCGGAGCUGAAGCUGGCCAUCAGCCUAGUGAAUCCCAGCGUCUGUGUGGAGUCCUAUUUGCACGGCCUCAAUCUGACUGUGCGCGUCGUCUCUGCCCUGCUCGUGGUGGGCCCUUACGGCAGCACCGAGCAGAUAUGCAACGAGGUCGGUGUGGCGCCCGGUUUGUUCGUGCUGCCCGACGACGAUGCCUCCAUCGUGUUCCGCUGGCUUAGCGCCGUUGUCAACGAGCUGCGCCACAGCAUGGGCCAGGCGGAUGGCCACAUGGAGGAGCGAAUUGUGGUGCUGGAGGUGGCCUGCGACCUCAUGCUCAUGAUGCAUGAGCAUCUGCUAAUUAUUUAUCAGCGCAUGCGCGACCUCGACCCAGAGGCAGAAAUACUUCCGCUACCCGACCUGCCGCCAGAGCCCGAGGUGGCCGCCGACGAGGUGGCGAACGAGAACAAUUCUGUUUAAUCUUGUUUCACAAUUCAAUCAUUUGAAUCAUUUGUAAUAUCCACUCACUUUUUCUAUAAUACCCAAUCGAAAUACACCCAGCCCGGCUUGGCCGGUUUCUUCUUUGAUCUGA